UUUAUAUUUGUGUUUAUGUUGUCAGUUGUUUACCAAAAACAAACAUCAAUUGUUUCAAUUAUUAAAAAUGUACAGUUUAACUUAAAAAAAUGUUAAUUAAUGUUUGUAUGAUCAUGCAUAAGAGUUGAUUUUAUCUAACCAAUGAGAAUCUUGAACAGUUCUAUAAUUAAUUUUAAGGAAUUAUAUAUCGUCAUAACUGCAACAUUUGUUCAUUAUACAAUGAGCAUUGCCUUUCUUUGUUACAUAAAUAGAAAACGUUAGGUAAUUUAAUCCGCAAAGUGUGGGAAAGUCAUUGAGCAACUGUGAAUUGUUUGUUUCAUUAGGCAUGUGAUGUACUUAUUAUGGAGUUUUUUCUGAAAAUAGCUCUGGGUUUGUAAUCCUCAAGCUCCUCCCCAGUCUGCCUCAGUGGGAUAAAACCUGCAGGUGUCAGACCAUCUAGAAGCUCACCGCAUCUCCAGGAUGUUUCCUCUACAGUUCCUCUACAACUUCUUUUCCAUCGCUGUGGUCACAGACUUUGAAGAAAAGAAGAAGAAAGUGGUCCAACAUGACACCUCCAUGUACAAAAGAGGAGAUCUCCUAGAGGUCCCUCGAACUCUCUUCACACAUUUCGGAAUCUAUCUGGGGAACAACCGCGUGGCUCACCUCAUUCCUGAUAUCCUGCCGGUCUUGACCACCGACGAGAAGGCCAUUGAGAAAAUGGUGACUAACAACCGACUGAUUUUGGGUGUGAUAGCAAAAAAAGCAAGUGUCCGGGUGGACUCCUUGGAGGACUUUGCAUAUGGAGCAGAAAUUCUGGUCAACCACAUGGACAAGGUGUGCAGUCGGUCUCCGUUCGAGGGUGAGGAGGUGGCUCGGAGAGCCGAGAAGCUCUUGGGCACCGUGGUUUACAGUCUGCUUUGGUACAACUGCGAGCAUUACGUCAUGUACUGCAGAUAUGGCACCUGCAUGAGCUUUCAGACCUACCAGUUCUGCAAAGUCGUGCGCAAGACUGUGUGCAGCAAAACAAGCUCUCUUUUAAGCUUUUUGUUAUGCUUGUUCAUCAUGCUUUAUACGGGGUCUGUGUCCAUCUUUGGAAUUUUACCCACGUUUAUAAUCCCCUUCACUAUUUGGAUGGCAUCCUGAAAUGGAUAUUUGUUAGAUUUCUAUUUUUUUAUUUUAUUUUAUUUUAUUUUUUUACCAUUGUUCAUCAAUGAAUUAAAAAUAGUGGUUUAUUACCCUGGGGCACCUAUUGG